CUAUAUAAACCUUCGAUUAUCUCUUUCUUAAAACCUUUUAUUAGGGUUUCAUUCACUCACUCUCGCCAUAGCCAAAAACCUCAAACUCCAUUGCUGACGGCAGCCCUAAUCUCUGCUUUCUCAACCCAAAAUGGCGACUCAGAUGAGCAAGAAGCGAAAGUUUGUAGCCGAUGGUGUUUUCUUCGCUGAGUUGAAUGAGGUUUUGACCAGAGAACUUGCGGAGGAUGGAUAUUCUGGCGUUGAGGUUAGAGUAACUCCAAUGCGCACUGAGAUUAUCAUCAGAGCUACUCGUACUCAAAAUGUUCUCGGGGAAAAGGGAAGAAGAAUUAGGGAAUUGACUUCGGUUGUACAGAAACGUUUUAAGUUUCCUGAGAACAGUGUGGAGCUUUAUGCUGAGAAAGUUAACAAUAGGGGUCUUUGUGCUAUUGCUCAAGCUGAGUCUCUGAGAUACAAGCUCCUUGGUGGCCUUGCUGUUCGCAGGGCUUGCUAUGGUGUCUUGAGAUUUGUAAUGGAAAGUGGUGCCAAGGGAUGUGAGGUUAUUGUGAGUGGAAAGCUCAGAGCACAGCGUGCAAAAUCGAUGAAAUUCAAAGACGGGUACAUGAUCUCAUCCGGUCAACCCGUUAAGGAGUACAUAGACUCAGCUGUGAGACACGUUCUUCUCAGACAGGGAGUGCUCGGUAUCAAGGUUAAGAUCAUGCUUGACUGGGAUCCCAAGGGCAAGCAAGGCCCAACAACACCAUUGCCGGAUGUGAUCACCAUCCAUCCUCCAAAAGACGAUGAGUACAUUCCUUCAGUCGAGGUUGCUGCUGACAUUGAUGUCGUUGAGGUUCCACCACCAGUAGUAGUUGCCUAAACUUUAUUUCUCGAAGAAAAAACCGAUUCUUGUAUUUGUUUUAUGUAGGUUUUGCUGAAGCAUAGUUUCCCCACCAUUGCAGAAGAAUAUUAGGUUUUAAAGAUAAUACUUUCAUGUUUCAGUAAAUACAUUAGCUUUGGUUUUGUUAACACUAUUUUUCUAGUAUUUAUUGGUGAUUUUAAAUUUUGGGCCAUGCCCAUUUUUUCUUUUCUUUUUAUAAAAAUAUUCUAUCUUUAUUUUCAA